CCGGUUUUGUUUUAUUUUUCGAUUUGCCAUUCAGCAGAAACAACAACAACAAACACAGCAGCAACAACAACACGAGAGUUUUGCUGAGCAGAGUGUGUGCACGGCUCUGGGACUGGUACUGGCACUCGCAAUCGCAAAGCCUCUCACUCUUUCAAGAGUCUCGAGCGCCAUAACAGAGGAGCAACUGUUUUAAGUAUCGGCGGAGGCAGAGAUUUUAUUUUUGAGAUUUCGAUUUGAGUCUGGGCUAGUGCUGGUGGUGAACAUUUUUCCUCCCAUUUAGUUUUUUAAAGGCGCAAGGCGAGAACGGCUCAGUCUCGAUUGUCAGCUUGUCGUGAAUGGUUUUUUAGCACAAGAUCCGCGGCGUACGAGUGCGAUUAAGAGUACGAGUGUAGAGUCCGCCGAUCGGUCGUCCGACCACGUAGUCCGAGCCAAAGUCGAACCCAAAGCCAAAGCUAAACUCUGCGGCUGAAGCGUCGCUUAAGUUAUUAAAACAACAACUUUGCACAUCUAUAUCUAUAUACCACAUAACUCGCUACUUUGUGUGCGUGUGUAUCUGUGUGGAGCAGAGGCAGCAGCCGCAGCAGCGGUUAGUGUGGACCGAGUAGAGCGCUGACUGAUUUGUUAUUUUUGCAUAAAUCAAUUUCGAGAGCGCGCGCGCGCACUUCGAGAUUGAGUUUCGGUUUCAUAAAUCGCAUCCGAUCAUCGCUGUUUUGUUCUACGCGUAGAAUAUAGAUGAUGCCGCAUACUCCGCCAGCGGCAGGCGUGAGGCAGCUCCAGUUCGUUGCCUAGGUCUUUCGUAUCGCGGAAAUCAAAUCUGUCCAUAAAUAAAGCCAAUCGAUGGCUCUGACCAACUUCUCACUGCCUUUCGGUGCUCUUGGACAGCCCUGGGGCGUCACCCUGGCCCCCCUGCACCCCAUCCAUCAGCUGGCCAGCAAUACCAACAAUCUGCUAUACUCGCCGGCCGACCAUCAGCAGCUGCAUCCUCAGCAUCCCCAGCAGCAGCAGCAGGGCCCGACAGAUCCCGAAUUCUUUAAGAACAAUCCCUAUUCCCCACCACAGCAGGGGCCACAGCCACAGGGGGGAGGCGGAGGCUAUCAAUACCAGAGUAGACGCAAGCAGAACAACGCCUAUCUACCACCCACGGGAUUGGCUGCGGCCAAUGGGGCACGUAACUCUGUAUACCACAUUCAGCAGACACAGCAGCAGCAGCAAACACCACAGCAACAUCAGCAGGAGGCCAACAAAGAGAACAGUGUCUCCUAUCAGAGCUCCUCCAGUUCCAGGUCGAGCAGCGCUGGCCAGGGCACCAUCCAGCUGACGCAGACCCACCACUCCACUGGCAGGGGUCCCGGCGAGGGCUCGUACAGCCGCUUUCCCGACCAGCAGAAGCAGUUUUUCAAUGCCCAAGGCAGUGCCAGUGCCACAUUUAGCAAGAACAGCGGCAGCUUCAGUAUUACCAGCUACGGGAGCAGGCAGCAGCCGCAACAGCAACCCCAGACACAUCCUCAGGCACCACUAACACCUCAGCAGCAACAGCAGCCUCCCCCGCCAGCUCCACUGCCGCAGCAGCCACGCCCCAGACAGUCGAAGCCUGAGGCACAGCCCGCAUCCACCUACGGCGUGGCACCACCCGAAAAUUAUCCGGAAAGAGCUCCCGGCUUUACGAGGGUUCAGGCGGGGCAGGGCUCCCGCACCCAGGUGCAUGCAGUCCUCGACUAUGAUGUGGAGGAGGGCGAUGAAGGGGAAGAGGAUGAACACGAGGACGGGCAGUACUACGAGGGACAGGAGAAGGAAAAAGCGAAUAACAAUCAGAUGCCCACUGUGACACCCAUCCAGGGGCCGAUCUACUUGAAGAACGGCACGGUGCCGGUGGUGCCGCUGUUCUCCUAUCCGAAGCUCAACAAUGGCUCGUUCCUACAGAUUCCGAUUUGGUGGACGGCCCUGUCGGUGGCUUUGGGUCUGGAUGUGAGGGGUGAUGUGAUCAAGGGAGUGCCAUGCAUUAAGCGCUAUCAUCAGCUGUUUUGUCCCACAGCCGGAAACAGCUAUCCCAUCGACAAGAUCGAACGUUUCAUAGAUGACAACAAGGCACUGAUGCGUCGAAUGUAUGGAGACUUUGAGAUGAAUAUGGAAGGACCUGAAGGAGGCGGCAGUAACGCAGAUCGCAACCAGCAGGCAAAAGUACGGAAAAGACGAUUCAUAGACGAGCCGGAUAUAUUUAUACCACCCGGAGCCCACGCAGCCAAUGCAGGGGAGGCCGUGGAGGCGGGAGACAGCUAUUUUGGACAACUACGAAAGAAGCGUCAAGCGGCAGCCAGUGGAAGUCGCAACAGAGGAGCAGGGGGAGGCAGCAGUGGUAGUUCCAGUGGUGCUGGAAAUGCUGCUGGAAGCAAUGCCAACAGGACACCUGGGGGUACUGGAGGACAGGCGAAUUCGGGUACAGGAAGACUCGAUGCCUGCGAAUCGAAGAUCGAAAUCGUGACACCCUAUUGGGCUUCGAACUCAGCGGGAAAGAUCAGGGCAAUUGUCAAUACACAGCACUUUGAGCAGGCCAUCCAUCAGGAGGUGUGCAGCAAUACUCAUACACCACGCUGCGAGGGAGAAUGCGGAUGCGAACAAAAGUACAAAUGGCAUCGACUGCUCGCCUAUGAUCCCGACAACGAUUGCAAGGGCAUCUUCAUGGAUUGGUUCCUUUUUCCUUCAUGCUGUGUCUGUAGAUGUAAUCCCUAGAUUCUUCCGCCCCCUCCCCCCACCGAGUCCUAUGUCUGAGCACAUUAUAGAAUGAGAGCGUGUAUAAUCGUAGGUAGAAUGCCACUGAAUGUAUUUUAGUUGUUGCUAAGUAGAUCUUAUAUGUAUGUACAUCCACUACUUGGUAGCUCUCUAGUUAAGCAUCGAUUCUAUGUAGUUAAGGUUUUAUACGAGCCAUAUAUGUAUGUAUGUACCUCCCCUUCUCCAUCUACUCGUAAACACACAUCCGAUAUAACUCAACCUCCAUUUGUUUUUGUACUGCAAUCUUAAUUUUAAUCGUAAAAUGAAUCAAGUGAAUAAAGUCUA